AUGAUUGUUUCAUAUGAAGAACAAAGAAGAAUAGAUCAAAAAUGUUUAGAAACUGACAUUAAGCUAAUGAAAGAGUUUUUAGAAAAAAUUCAACCGGUAUUUGAUGAAAAUUUUAAACUCCUUUCAUAUGAAGUGAACGUUCGAAAUCCAGACUCUAAAGGUUAUAAAUAUAAUCCAGAUAUAAAAGUUCAUGAAAUUAAUUCGGCUAUGAUAAAAGAUCCUGUUUUGGGCAGUGAAUCAGAAAUUACUAAUGCUGAAUCAAACAGUGUAUCAGCUAUCUACUGGAAAGGUUAUUAUUUACAAGAAGGUUAUUAUACUAAUGAGAACAGAACUGAAGAACAAAAGAAACUCGAUAAAGAAAAGGCCAUGAAACUUUAUAAAAUUGCUGCUUAUAAAAAUCAUCAUGAUGCACAGUUACGAUAUUCUCAUUCAUUACCAAGAGUAAAAGAGUAUCGUGAAGAAUUUCUUAAAUAUCUAACAUUAGCUGCUGAUAAUGGAAAUCAAGUAACUAUGUAUACUUUAGCCUACAUGUAUUUAAAUGGAAAAGUUGUUCAGAAAGAUUUGAAAAAAGGUGAAAGAUAUUUGAAACUUUCAGCUGCUUGCAAAAAUGAAAGGGCUAUUGCAAUGGAUCAAAAAUUGGCAUAA